AUGGCCGGCGUUCCUCGACUAUUUCUUGCUAUUGCUACCGUAAUCGCGCUGGCAGCAGCGGCCGCGAUCCCGCCACCGGAAGAUGCCCCCCUCGACCUAGAUGAAGCCGAGCUCCGCGAACUCUUUGGCCAACAAGACAUCUUCGCCCUCCCCGCCGGCGAGAUCCCAGAGGCUCCCGUUGAGCAACAGCCAGAAGAAGAUCCCGAGCAGCCGCAGGAGGACGCCUUCAUCCUCGGCACCUCGAAACCCCUUGGACAAAUUUCUGGCCUUGGAAUCACAUCCAAGGGACAUCUUCUAGCCUUCCACCGGGCUGAGCGGGAAUGGACUGAGGAGUCAUUCUCAAAGGACUUCAAGUUCAAUGCCCAUACCGGUAUGAUUGCCAACGCCACGAUUGCCGUCAUUGACCCGGCCAAUGGACAGGUUGUCGCCGAGCACGGAAAGAACCAAUUCUACCUACCCCACGGGCUGACCGUCGACCACGAGGAUAACAUUUGGGUGACCGACGUUGGAGCGCAUCAGGUCGUCAAAAUGGACAAAAACUUCAAAGUGCUAAUGACCCUGGGUGAGAAGCUGGUGCCCGGAACUGACGAGAAACACUUCUGCAAACCCACCGAUAUUGCGGUUGCUUCGAAUGGCUAUUUCUUCGUUGCUGAUGGAUAUUGCAACAGCCGUGUCCUCAAGUUCAACGCAAAGGGGCAAUUUGUUGACAUCGUUGGAUCGGAGAUGGAUCCCUUCAUCAUCCCCCAUUCCAUCGCCCUGAUCGAAGAUCUAAACCUGCUGUGCGUGGCUGAUCGUGAGAACGAGCGUGUUCAGUGCUUCUCAGCUGGCCUGAAAGAGGGACACCGCUCAAUCCCGGCAGGAAUUCCGAUCACCUCUGCUGAUGAUAUUGGACGAGUUUUCGCGAUUCGUGAGCGAGCCCACUACCUUGUCGGCGUGACCGGUGUUGACCAGCAAGACUCCCUCGAGCCCCAAGUGUUCGCAAUGGAUAUGGAUACCGGAAAGGCACAAACAUAUCUCAAGGGCAUCGAAAACGGGCACGCUUUGGCCAUCUCGAAGGACGGAACCGUCUACGUGGCCCAUAUGAACCCCAACCAGAUUGUCGGCCUCAAUUUGGCA